AUGGGUUAUGCACAGCUUGUUAUUGGGCCAUCUGGUAGCGGAAAGUCAACUUAUUGCUCAUCUUUACACCAACAUUGUGAAAGUAUCCGACGAACAAUGCAUAUUGUUAACUUGGAUCCUGCUGCAGAAGUGUUUAACUAUCCUGUGGCAAUGGAUAUUCGAGAGCUUGUUACUGUUGAAGAUGUCAUGGAGCAGCUAAAGUGUGGUCCCAACGAUGGUCUUAUGCGUUGUAUGGAGUAUCCUUUCUUGUUAACGUUAAUUGCGUUUAAGCACUUUGACAGUCUAUAUAAUUGGUUGGAUGAAGAAUUGGAGAACUUUGCAGACGCUGACUACUUAGUCUUUGACUGUCCAGGCCAGAUAGAGAUUUUCACACAUGUACCUGUCCUCAAAAACUUUGUGGAGCAUUUGAAGCAGAAGAACUUCAACGUCUGUGCUGUGUAUUUGCUUGAUUCACAGUUUGUAUCAGAUGUGCCCAAGUUUAUCAGCGGAUGUAUGGUUUCUCUUUCUGCAAUGAUCCAGCUUGAACUGCCUCAUGUUAACAUCCUCUCAAAGAUGGAUCUCUUACCGGAUAAAAGCAACAUUGAAGAGUACUUGGAUCCAGAGCCUCGCACUUUGCUGUCAGAGUUAAACGAAAGAAUGGCUCCUCAAUUUGCAAAACUGAACAAAGCCUUAAUUGAAUUGGUGGAAGAGUAUAGCAUGGUGAGAUUCACGCCACUUGAUUUGAGAAAAGAGAAGAGCAUACAAUUUGUACUGUCUGAAAUCGACAAGUGUAUUCAGUUUGGAGAAGACUCUGAUGUGGAGAUCAAAGAACUUGAUGAAGGCAUGGAUCAACUAGAGCUUUAG